AGUUCAACAAAAUCGCGACCCAAACCGCCUUACAUUAAUCUAGACUAUUUCCCGUUUUUUUCGCUGUUUAUUUCCUUGAUUCGUCUCUUGAAUCAUGCCAUCCUAUCAACAUUGUCCAAUCCAUUAGCGCCCAUCACCGAUUUCACCAACUAUUUCUAUUCGCUCGUUUGCUACACCUGCAUCUAUCUCGUACUAUACAUUUUCCAGGGAUUUCUUGUGUUUUGUAAUCUAUUUGGCCUUGAAAAGUAUCUCAUCUUAAUUUCUGGAAAGUUUUUAGCCGGAUACGGUACAAUUACAUGGGGUGAUACUUCAAUGUUUGAACAUAAGGCCAACGUUAUAUCGGCUGCGCGCUCUGUUCUUUCGAGCCGGCUGGAUGAUGAUUCAUCUGGAACAAUUACCACGCCGAUCGAGUUAGAUUUUUGUGUUGAGGUGGCGAAGUCGAUCUUAUUGAUGAGCUCCAUCCUUUACGAACGGGACCAAGAAUUCGUUGAAAGGGCCUUCGAGGGGACAGAAGAAGCGCGACUGAAUUUACUGAGGAGCGAGGAGAAGUUGCUGAAGGCUGCAGCCGACUGGAAUUGUCAAUUUACUUCAAUUGCUCAUUCUCAGACGGCCAAAGGUCCAUUUGUUGGUGCAUUCUUCGACCUUGAGGCCCGGCCCAACCCAUUCAUGGUCAUCGUUUUCAAGGGUACCUCUUUUCACGAUAUAAACGAAUGGAUAGUCGACACAAGCUUCAAUUUUGAAGCCUGCGCUGAUCAACUAGGCGCCGGAUUGGCUCAUCAAGGCUUCUACUCCAGCUUGUUUCCAAGUGCAUCUGAUCGGGAAAUGCCUUCAACUUACUUGAGGACAAUUGAAACAAUAAGGAGCGUGGCCAAGCAUAUUCAUGAAGAGGCAGGCAUUCCUAUGAACUUGUUUGUUGGAGGACACUCAUUAGGAGCAGGGAUUGCCUCGUUGUUUUAUGCCAGACUACUAGAAUCGCCGGAAGAUUUAGGCCCACAUACGAUCCUACGAGAUGCAUAUUGUUUUGGAACUCCACGCGGAGGCGAUAGUUCAUUAGCCUCAAGAGUCGAAUAUAAUCUCGCUAAACCAAUCAACUUUAAAAGGUGCUUAUGGACAGUUGGUAAUCGAUCUGCGUCUACUAGAUUGGGCGAUAUCAUCCCUCAUCUUCCUCCUGGUCUGGCUGAUCAGAGGCGCUUCAGGACUGCGAUCGCAUCUGGGAGUUCAUUAUCAUAUGCGGCCAUUGGAACGCCGAUUGACCUUGAGGUAUAUAAUCAUCACACCCUUUUUGAUGUGUUUCUUAAUAACAGCAAUACACUAGCGAAGGAAGAAUUCCCUUCCAACUCAAUGGAGGGGCCUACGGCUGGAUACUGA